CCACCGUAUACGCCCCUCUGCUCAUUCCUCCUACUUCCUUUCGCCGCCUCCUCAGUGCUUUACGCCACCUUCCCCUCUCAUUCGCGGAUGCUACAUCUCCUCUUUGGAGUGUUGCUCAGCCCUGUAAUACCGAGUACCGAGCUGGCGUCAGGAAGGGGUCCCAUUCUCGAUCCAAAAGAUCCUCUCCCUAGAGAACUUCUUGGCCCUGAUGUCUGACCAUGGAGACGUAAGCCUCCCACCCGAAGACCGGGUGAGGGCUCUCUCCCAGAUUGGUAGCGCAGUGGAGAUAAAUGAAGACAUUCCACCCCGUCGAUACUUCCGCUCUGGAGUCGAGAUUAUCCGAAUGGCAUCCAUUUACUCAGAGGAAGGCAACAUUGAACAUGCCUUCAUCCUCUAUAACAAAUAUAUCACGCUCUUCAUUGAGAAACUACCAAAGCAUCGAGAUUACAAAUCAGCUGUCAUUCCUGAAAAGAGAGACACGGUAAAGAAAUUAAAGGAGAUUGCAUUUCCCAAAGCAGAAGAGCUGAAGGCAGAGCUGUUAAAACGAUAUACCAAAGAAUAUACAGAAUAUAAUGAAGAAAAGAGGAAAGAAGCAGAAGAACUUGCCCGGAACGUGGCCAUCCAGCAGGAGCUGGAGAAGGAAAGACAGAGGGUAGCGCAACAGAAGCAGCAACAGCUGGAGCAGGAACAGUUCCAUGCCUUUGAGGAGAUGAUCCGGAACCAGGAGCUGGAAAAAGAGCGACUGAAAAUUGUACAGGAGUUUGGGAAGGUGGACCCUGGCCCGGGCGGCCCACUGGUGCCUGGCUUGGAGAAUCCCUCCCUAGAUGUGUUCCCCACGGCCCCUGUUGCAUCCACACAGCCUUUGGACUGUAAUACAACUGUGAGGCCUGGCAGGCCACCCGUGGUGGACAGGUCCUUGAAACCUGGAGCGCUGAGCAACUCAGAAAGUACUCCUACAAUUGAUGGGCUGCGCCAUGUGGUGGUGCCCGGGAGGCUCUGCCCACAGUUUCUGCAGUUAGCCAGUGCCAACACUGCCCGGGGAGUAGAGACAUGUGGAAUUCUCUGUGGAAAACUGAUGAGGAACGAGUUUACCAUUACCCACGUUCUCAUCCCUAAGCAAAGUGCCGGGUCUGAUUAUUGCAACACCGAGAACGAAGAAGAGCUUUUCCUCAUACAGGAUCAGCAGGGUCUCAUCACACUGGGCUGGAUUCACACUCAUCCCACACAGACCGCCUUCCUCUCCAGUGUCGACCUGCACACUCACUGCUCCUACCAGAUGAUGUUGCCAGAGUCAAUAGCCAUUGUUUGCUCCCCCAAGUUCCAGGAAACUGGAUUCUUUAAACUCACUGACCAUGGACUAGAAGAGAUUUCUUCCUGUCGCCAGAAAGGAUUCCAUCCGCACAGCAAGGAUCCGCCUCUGUUCUGUAGCUGCAACCACGUGACUGUUGUGGACAGAGCAGUGACCAUCACAGACCUUCGAUAAGAGUUUGACUCACGCACCUCCCAAGAACUAUAAAACCAUAUCAGUGUACUGUGGCCCCUAAAUUUAAACUUUCCCGAAAGCUCUGGAAGCUUUUUUAGACAGAAGGGAAAGUGAGUAUCACCUAGGGGAGAACUGAUUUUCUACUUCUGGUUUGAAAAGAAAUCGUUGACUUUAACUUUUAGGCAAGUCUGGAAAACAGCACGAUAAUGCUAAAGCAACUUUUCAGACUGCCUGUAACUAAAACAUUAAGUUGGAAGGAUGGUAUAAUGAACACUCAUUUACCCUUCAUUCUAGAUUCACCAAUUGUUAACAUUUUUCCUCUCAGCUAUCCUCCUAAUUUCUCUGCCAACUUGUUUCUUGUUUACUUUUGGACUAAUUAAGGGCAUCUAUGCAGAAAUUUGGAAGCCAUUUAGAAAAUCUUUGGGGUUUCCUGUGGUUUGUGGCAAUAUUAAUGAAGCUUAUCACGAGGGUGAGGGACAGCUGACCAGAUGGUGAGGCUUGAACACCCUAAAGAAUGAUUUUAUCAGGAAUUAUUGUUAUUUAACAGAUAUUUCACGAUAUUUUUUCCUCUACAAUAAAAUAACAAUUAACUUA